GAGAGAGAGAGUAAAGAGGGAGGGGAGGUUUAUCCAACAGCGCUAGUGAGACAGAAGUUUCAGCUCUGCGCUUCACACACAGCCAGGACAGGAGAUAACACACGCAUAUAUACAGAUACAAUGCAGCUACCAGUGAGCGUGCUGAUUGGCCUGUUGUGCCUGAGCCAUGCAGGCGGUGUGUGGGGUUUUGCCCGUCUCCUGGAUGACGUGGAAUUACGCUCGGCUUUCUCCGUUGCACGUACCAACAGCAUGGAAGGUGGGCCCAAGAUGACUGUGACAUUUGACACUGUUUAUGUGAACAUCGGCGGGGAUUUUGACCCCAAGGCUGGCAUGUUGCGCUGUCGUAUCCCCGGGGCCUACUACUUCUCCUUCACAGUGGGAAAGUUUCCACACAAAGACCUGUCUGUGAUGCUGAUGAAGAACAGAAACGAGGUGCAGGCCAUCGUCUACGAGGAAAACGCUGGAGAAGAAAGGAAGGUGCAGAGCCAGAGUGUUAUGCUGCAGCUGGAGUUUGGUGACACCGUCUGGCUUCGUCUUCAUGGUGACCCUCGCUAUGCCCUCUACAGCAACACCGGACACUACACUACCUUCAACGGGUACCUGGUCUACCCCGACAUCUACGGCUACCAGACACACCACCACCAACACCACCCUGCCUUCAACUCCCAACAGCCCCAGCAAGAUAACAUCCCAGCGUUAGAUAACAAGCAGGCCACAGAGCACGCCAGGUCUGGAAUCAGAGAAACAGGGAAGGAGAAAGAGCUGCAACAUAGGGAGGAAGAGGAUGAGGAUGAGGAAGAGGAUGACCAGAGAUCUGCCUUCUCGGUGGGGCGCACUCAGAGCAUUGUGGGGGUAGACCAAGUGGGCUUGCCGCAGCACCAGCCAGUCAGCUUCGACACGGCAUUCGUCAACAUCGGAGAAGACUUUAACGUGACGAAGGGGGUGUUCACUUGCCGCGUCCCCGGGGCAUACUACUUCGCCUUCAACGUGGGCAAGCUGCCUCAGAAGACGCUGUCCGUCAAGCUGAUGAAGAACCAUCUGGAGGUGCAGGCGAUGAUCUACGACGACAGCCAGGGUGAGAAAGCCCUACAGAGUCAGAGCUUGAUGCUGUCGCUGAAACCAGGAGACACAGUCUGGCUCUACUCCCACCAGAGAGAUGGCUUUGGGGCCUACAGCAACCACGCCAAGUACAUCACCUUCACUGGCUUCCUGGUUUAUCCAGACUUCCCCAACAACACCACCACUACCACCACCACCACCAGCCAAUCAUAUGCAGACAAGAAACCCUAGCUGUAGCACAUGGGCUAGGCACUGGACAUUGUGGGAGGAAUUCAUGCAAAGUGGCAGAGUCUCAGAGUCCACAAAAGGCAUUGGGCAGUUUCUGAGUUGUGGAGAAUACACGUAAUGAAUGUUGCUUUGUGGUUGUCUUUGACACUUCUUCUUCUUAUGAAUUCCUUUGCAAAGGCACAGGGACCUAGGACUGAGUGCAGAGCGUAAAUGAAAAUCUCUUCAAUUUCCAUUUAAUGGCUUCCCAGGAUAUGACUUCAUCACAUUCAAAUGUGGAACCUUGAUUUGCAGUAAUGUGACCUCUGAUUGAAUAUUUCUCUCUGUAAUAAAAACUCAGUCAUUACCAGCUCACCUCCGUGUCAGCUGAACUCAUUUAAGUUGAGUGCAACAACCAAAACUCACAAGGUUAGCUUUUGCAUUUCAAUUCCUGGCAUCUUUAUUACAGCACAAAAACUAUUUUGUGCCCACUGUUAGUACACCAUGAUAAAGUAUUUUAUAAACAAAUAAUUGCACUAUGGGUGCAAACGUUGACACUCAGUCUUGCAGUUAGCAUCUUCCAUUGAAGUGAAAACAAAAUGGCAGUUCUGUCUGAUUAUCAGUCUCAAAGAAAAUGAUCAAAAUCUGAUUCUGUGUUUAAGUUUCAGCUGACAUGAAGGUGAGGAGGUCACUGCAGAAUUUUCACUGUGAAGUGAAAAAAUGCAUUUGUUAUCCUUGACAAAGACUUGGUGUUUCUGCUCGUAUGUAAAAAGUCACUUUACUUUCUUUAUGUCUUUAGAGGCAUGUGAAAACAAUAUGAACAGUGUGUUUUGUGUCAAAAUGAGUCUUUCUGUACUUUAUUUCUUACCCUGAUACUUGGCCACAGAGGGCAACAGGACGAAACUGACAUAGUUUUGGAAAAAUGCCAACUGCAUAUACACAUAUGUACUGGCUAUAUGACAUAUGUACUGACUGUUGACCACAUGCCACCUCUAGGCCUGCGGGGAUCUGGACCAUAAUUAGAUUUCUAAUUCUAGCAGCGUUUAAUUCAUUUCUUCAGAUGGCGACCACUGUGGGGAAAAUUGAAUUGCUUCUCCCGGGCUAUUAUAAUAUGCAUGUCUGUUUAAUUUCACACUGCCGGGGAGAAAGAUGAUGCCGUUCAAAUUGUGAUGAACCUUGACUUCAUGAAAUCACCUUCUCUGUUGGAAAGGCACACCAUGUGAAUUGAUACUUCAGUGGGACUGAACAUCUGCAUUUCUUUUUAGAGUUAACUGAAAGUGAAGUUCUGAUAUAAACUCUGGUCAAAAAACACCAGUUUACUGCAAGUAGGCCAGUUUACUUUUUGAAAACUCAAACAGAUUUUUGAGAUUUACUCAUUGAGAGAGAGAGAGAGAGUACUGUUUAAAGUUUUAUUAAUUCAAAUUAGAAUAUGUUGGACAAAUUGUAGUCCCGUAUAUUCUAAUUUGAAUUAGAGUUAAUUCACCUGCUUUCUGUUGCAACUUACAAUCUCACUAUAUACUAUUGAAAUGAAGAGUUCACAAUGGAUCACGAAAGCUGGUGGAAAGUGAUGCAGUACUCGUCAGCAAACGAUUCCUCUAAAGGUACUGCGUUCGGUGAUGCACAAUAGCAAUGCACAUUAAAAUUAGGUUUCUCUUGAUAUAUUUACUACAAAAUAGCAAAACCUGAAAAAGGUCAAAUAAAAUACCAUCAAGAUAAACCUGAAAAUGUGAUCAGACUGUGCAGUCUGAUAGGUGAAAAGCUCAAUCUUCACCUCACAGUGAUGUCUUUGGCACCAGGAAAAUGGUCUCACACUUACUCUGAAAACCAAUAACAGACAAGCCUCGCCCCACCACAGUGUUACUAAUCGACAAUUUCCUGUCCUGUACGCAUGCAGUGACUUCUAAGAAAGUGACAACAUUUUGGACAAUUUCUCCACAGUAUGAAAUUAUACUGUGAGUGUGCCUCAUUUCAGAUAAUAAUAUAUUCUGUCCCAGUCUAACCCUCUGUGGUUUCUCUGCUUCAGCCUCAGUGAGCGAGAAGUGCACAGGAGUGGAACUAUGAUUGCUUUCAGUUUCAGUUUAAAUCAGUCAGUGAAGGUGAUACCUGUUAAUAAAUAAACAGAACUCAUGGUAAAGUGAAGUGACUAGGGCAUAACUCAUUUGACACUCAGAAGCACUUGUGUGAUGCAUGCAUGUAACUGAAAAUACAGUGAAUUAAAAAGAUACUUGAUGGCUGAACAGCCUCACAGGACCAGUCGCUGCCUGUUAACUGCGUAUUUUUAUUGUGUGAAUUAUCUGUACAGUUAUUGACAAUAUGUUGGAUGUUUCUGGUCUGUGCUUCUUUCUUUCGGACAAUCCAGGUGAAAGAUCGAUCAGUGUGUAUUAGAAACUAUGUUGAGCAGACAUGGGUCAAAAAUGUGGUUGUAAGUAAUUCCUGGUUGUUGUCCCAAAAGCACAAAUACAACCAUGACAGAAAAAUAACUAAAAGAAUAUUAAUAAAAAACAACAUUUUGACCGA